GCGAGCUGGGCCGAGCGCCGCAGGCAACGGGCCUGCGGCGAAACUUCCCUUUCCCCCCCCCCGCGCGGCGAGGCCAGCAGGGCGGUGGCGGCGGUCGAUGCCAGGGCGCUGGCGGCGGAGCAGGCGUCGGGGAGGCUGUCCGAGCGCCUGGACCACCUCGAGAGGGUCUUGGCCGACUCGGCACUCGGGCAGAUGACGCGGGAGCGGCUGCAGCACGAGAUGACCGCCGUGGCCAAGACGCACAACCAGGAGCUGCGGGGGCAUCUGAAGGAGUGGCAGUGCACCCUCGAGCGCGACCUCACGGCGGCCCAGAAGCGCGCGUCGACGGAGUUGCGGGUGGAGGUGCGCACCGCCAUCAGGAACGAGGCUGCCGCUGUUGCGGCGCUGGACGAGCAGUUGUGGCUCACAGACCAGCGGUUGGGCCAGCGCAUCGACCAGCUGACACACGCGGGGACACCGCUAGGCCUCGAGGACACUCCCGCCGCGGGCGCCUCCAGCCCCGAGGGCGGGGAGGAGCGCCGCGGCGGCUGCGGCGGCCCGCCCACGCCGUCGGGCGCCGUGGGCGUCGUGUCCAGGCCCC